AUGGCUGACGUGCACCACGAACCGCUAAAGGAGAAAAGUAUCUCAAAGAAAUCUCCUGAGAACCAGUCAAUUGCUUCACCGAUAGUGUUAUCCCCCAAAUCUCCCGGUGUUGUCAAGCUGGAUGAAGAUAUUGAGAUGCUGAGUUCAGAAACAGAUAAAAUCUCUAAGAAAGGUAAAUCAGGUGAUAAAGCUGUGUUAAAGACAGACGAGAAGGUGGAAGAGCUGAAGGAAGAAGUUACUAUCGAAAAAGUGGAGGCUGCUCCAAGAAGUGCGGAAGUUGAUGCUUUCCUGAAGAGCUCUGAUACUCCUGCUGUGCCUGCUAAGUCAGCCCAGGCAACUCUCAGCUUCACAAAGACUGGUCUUAAGGCAACUGGUGCAGCUGUCCCUUCCAGUAAGACGAGAGUAAGGACUCACUCUGAGAGUAAAUCAGCCAAGAUUCCCACAGAGGAUGGUGACAAAAGUGAAGUUAAGAAAGUGAAAAAGAAACGGAAAGAAAAAGAAGGAUGAUGAAAAGAAAAAGUAAGAUGGAUGAUUCAGUGCUCAGCAGUGAUGGCCUCGAGUCCAAAAGAAGUGAGGGCUCGUCCUAGAAUGAAGUACCAAGUCAGCAGUCUUCAGUUCGAUGACUCCAGACGGACACCUAUCAAGAUGAAAAUAAGAUUAAAGAAGACUACUAGCAGUGGCGAAGAAAGUGAAUUUACUCCUCGGUCAUCCAAAACUAAAGGGCAGAAGCAAGCGAAGGCUCAAAAGCUUUUGGAGAAAGCUAAGAAAGUUAAAAAGACGAAAAAAUCCAAGGUAAAACCCAAGGCCAAGAGUAAACGAGAAUCUGUGACUAGUGGAAAUGAAAGCAUUAUCGACUUAGACAGUAGCACAGAUGGAGGUGGUCGGCGUCGCAGUGCACGUUUGGCUGUGCAGGUCAUACCGGAACCAAUUACUGUGGAGGACGAAGAUGAAGAGAAACCUGUUCCUGUUAAAGUGAAGAAAUCAACUAAGACACCACUGAAGUCAAAACCUCGAGAUGUUUCCAAAACACUGAAAGCUAAGGACAGUCCGUGGAAACUGAAGGUCAAGGACACACCCCAGAAACUGAAGGCCAAGGACAGCCCCCGGAAACUGGCAAAGGAUAGUCCAAGUAAACCCAAAUCAAAAGGCAAGCUGGCUUCUAUCUUCAUGGGCAAGUCAAAGACGGAGGUGAAGCUGAAAGAACCAGAGGACCCUGAGAAGAUGCGACUCCGUCAGGCCUUCCUCAUGAGCGAUGUCCCUGACACACUGAAGCGGCAGGUGGUUGCUGUUGCUGCAGUCCAGAGCAGCAUGGAGACCACGUGGCUCCCCACCAUCAGUCACGUGCAGCAAAUACCUGAGUCACGUGAAGAGAACAGUGUGUGGAACUUGGCACCGGUUAAACUACCACUGAGGGUGUCAGAGCCAUUUCAUCAGGCCUUGCUCAUCAACUGGGCUGACCUUAGAAGCCACAGAGUAGUCUCCCCUGCCAAGUCUGAACUAUUCAAGGAUUUCCGCUUCCACAUGGAGCUGGCUGAAGGGGUGGUGGAUGAACUUCUAGCAGAGGUGGAGGUUGGCGUGAGGGGCCUCCCGGUCAGGCAGAUCUACACUGACAUGAAACGCAAGUUGGAGGAGGAUCUUCGCUCACUGGAUCCCAGCAUAGAUGCAGCAAAGGCCUCACAGCCUUCCAUGGAGUCUACUAAGCAGGAAGCAGUAGAGAAGAAAAAGAAAGGACGAGGUCGUGCAAAGGGAGCCAAGCUUAGUCUAUCCAAGGAAACUGCAGAGAGUGUUCCAACUCCUGAGGUCAUCAGGGUCGGAGAGAUGAUGUGGACGGAGCGCUACCAGCCCACCCACUCAAUGGAAGUCCUGGGCCACACAGCUCACCUGCAGAAGCUGAAGACCUGGCUGCUGGAGUGGAAGCACCGCACUCACAAGGAGGCUCGCAAGAUGAGGCUGCAGAUGCUGAAACAGGCGCAACCAAAGGCUGUGGUCAAAGCUGCUGAGGAAGACAACGCGUGGUGGGGAGAGGAAGACAGUGACUUUGACAUGGACACCGAUGACAGUGAGGAUGAGGAUGACAGCCUGUGUAACACCAUGGUCAUCACAGGGCCGCACGGCAUCGGCAAGACUGCUUCAGUGUACGCCCUGGCUCAGGAACUCGGAUAUAAGCAUUCAGCUGCCAAGCCAGCCAAGAAAGAGGCGAAACUGCCCACAGCCUUUACCAACCUGUUCCGUAAGGCUGGCACCAAGGCGGAUCCUGUGGAGGUCAUUGACCUUGAGGCCGAUACAGCAGAGAAGUCAAAGAAGGAAUCGAAACGGAAGAGGAAGCGAGAAAAGGAUGUCGAUAAGGUUGAGAAAAGCGCCAAGAAAGCAAAGAAGGAAUUGAAACCAAAACCAAAUCCCAUGAGAGAUGAGGGCAGUCAAUCUGGAGGACUUGAACUAUCCACCACCACACUCAUUCUGUUUGAUGAAGCUGAGAUCAGCUUUGAUGAUGACAAGGGCUACCUGCCAGCUAUACAGCACUUCAUGAUGAGGACCAAGAUUCCCAUCAUCCUCACUACAACGGACUCAAGCUUCAGCAGCCAGCUGCAGGCGUGGUACGAGGGCCUCACCUUCAAACAGCCAUCUCAGCUGACAAUCGCAGGACACCUACAGACAAUCUGCCUCGUGGAACGGGUGAGAACCAGUCUGGAUGAGAUGCUGAUGCUGGUCAAGCUGCACGGAGGCGACAUCAGGAAGUGUCUUCUGUUGCUACAGUACUGGCUCAGCUCUGGGGGCGGGGCCAGCAAGGCCCACCACCCUGUCAACACAACACCACGCACCGUCCUACACAGUGUCGAUGACAACACAUGCUCUCAAGACUCAGAUUCUCAAGGAACCAAUGUUGGCACUUCGGUGGCUCCUGAAAACGAUGAUGAUGACUUUGUGGUGUCAAAGCCGUCUCUUGGGAGGAAGAGGAGGGUUUUGGACGAUGAUGAUUCGUCAGCCAGUAAUGUGUUCCCAUCACGAUUAUCCUCCCAGUCGGAUUCAGGCUCUUCAAGCAACUUCCCCCAAGUGCAUUGUUUGAGACUGGAGAACCUUGCUGGAAUUAGUCAACCGUUACCAGAUGUUUUUGAAAAAGUGCUACAGUCAUAUCUCCGGGGUAGGUGUGAUGAUCAACAGACAAGGAAACUGCUAGAAAUGUGCGAGAACCUCCACAGUAUCAGGAUGUCUUCUCUGUCAGGGAACCUGUUCCAUCUCCUACCCCUGCCUAAAGUACAACCACAGGCUUCCAGCCUCCUACUUGGCUGUACCAAGACAGUGUCGAAAGAAAACAAACUGUCACGGAUACGCACAGAUCUGUUCGAUGAUGAGGCUUCAAGUGAUGCCCACGAAGAGGAGACAGUGAUUGAAAAAUUGGCAACUGUUAAUAAUAGUGAGCCCAAAGAGCAAAAGGUUCUGAACUCCAAAUGUUUAAAUGCCUUUUCUCAGUAUUAUGACUCUAUGUGUGAUUUAGAUAUUAUGGGAACAUGCGCUGAGAUGAUUACAAUGCAGCAGUGCUAUGCAGAGUCAGGGAGUGAUUCCCGAACAAUGUCAGACUGUCCUACAGUGGCCUUGUUGACACAGGAACACAACACCGAAAUGAAUCUGCGAAGUGCUAGGCAUCUGUAUGGGAACAUCACGACAGCUGUGGACAGUUAUAUGGAGUGUCAGGCAGGUGACAAACUACCGGAUGAAGUAUACCUUCCUGUACCAGGUGGACGGACAGCAUUCAGCUUGCUCGCAUCUGAGCCAAGGUUGUCAGGAUCUAUUAAGAGAACUCACGAGAAUGUGUCUGACAGUCUACCAUUGAACAUCCACUGCAGUCAUCGCUCAGUUCACAUGGAUUAUCUCCCAUCCGUCAGGGCCAUCAGUCGAGCAGAGCAGCAUCGGCAAAUUGCCAAAACAAAAAGAAGGUUCCACCACUACUUUGACAACAUCGGCAUGUCACUGAAAGAAACAAGUCUGAAUGUCCUCUGUCAAACCUUCUCAUGAGUUGCCAUGAACAGCUUAUGAAGAACUGGAGUUCUGGACAGUGCUCAGAAAAUAUGUCUGGAAUGCUCAAAUGGGAUGCUGAGCUUAGUGAUUUUUAUCCUUUAUUUAUAACAUAGGUCAUUUUUUUUCUUUUCAAUUUCAUGGACGGUCUAUAUUCAUAACAACAAAUCACUUGGGGUUUUGGGUUUUGGUAAAGGUUGUUUUGCAAACUUCACAUUCAGUAUAUUCCAUCACUAAACACGCAGGUCAACAGAAUUAUAUCUCAGUUAUCUAUCAGAAAGAAAAGAAAACAAUGGCACCUCAUUAGCAUUGGCAUUGGAACUGCAAGUAUGAAGAACUUGUCUACGAGUUGUUCAUUUAUCAUACAUAUAGACAGGACAUGGCCAGAAUAUAGACUGAUUCUGAAUGAGUGAGUGAGUUCAGUUUUAUGAUGCUUUUAGCAAUAUAACAGCAGGGGAGACUGAGGUCCUGAAACAAUUUAAAAUAAUUAACUGGGGAUAAUUCUCUCUUGUUUUGUCAUUUCCUGAAAACAAUUCUGUUCAAAAUAAUAUUAGAAGCUUUUUUUCUCAAUCCAGACUUUGUUGAGCUUAGUACAGGCUGUUGUCACACUUAAGAUGUAGGAAUUGGCACGGUUUUAUUUUCUGCCUUGGUUUUAGUCUGGGCUGUGAUGUAAAUAUGUAUAAGUCCUGUUUGUCCAUAUUUAUUGAAGACAUUUUCUGUUAAGAUACAUUGUAUGUGAAUAGUAGUUUUAUAUUGACUGUGAGCAUGGUAAUUUUAAACACGUUAUUGUACAUUGAUGUAUUUGAUGCUGCAGGUACAACUCUGAAAGUGGCAUUAGAAAUUUUUAAUAUAUUUUUAUAUGAAAUAUUGUGCUAUAGUUAUGCGAGGAAGUUAUUGUGUGUUGAGUCUGUUUGCAUUCAUUUCUAAUUGCACAAAACGAUUUUUAUAACCUGACCAUUGUAAUCAUAUUGUGAAGUAGGUGUAAUAUUGGUAGGGAUACUAUUACAGCUUUGUGCACAUGACAUGG